AUGACAACCGAAAUGAAGAAGUUGAACGUGCUGAUGUGUGGCGCUGGAGAGUAUACCACAGGAUGGACGGAAAAAGGAGCGUCCAAGUCCGACAAGAAAAUCGGGGUUGUCGGAUUGACCCUUUUUGACCUGCGGAGACUGGGCAAGGUGGACCAGUUAAGUAUGGUUGGAGUCAGCGGAGCAAAGUUUCCCGCCAUCAAGAAACACUUCGAAGAGAACAUCGCUGGGGUGUACAAAGACAUGGAUGUUAGCUUCGAGUCUUUCCCAAAGGCAGAUAAUUAUAACCCUGUAGCCUACAAGGAAGCCAUCGACAAGCUUUCUCCCGGGGAUGCAGUCAUUAUAUUCACUCCAGACAACACACAUUAUCCUAUUGCUUUAUACGCAAUUGAGCACGAUCUUCAUGUAUUGGUCACAAAGCCCGCAGUCCAGCUGUUACCCCACCACAAUGCACUAGUUGCGGCUGCAAAGAAGCACAACGUAGUAUGCUUCGUGGAGCAUCACAAGCGGUUUGAUCCCGUCUACAGCGACGCAAAAGCUCGUGCUGCCAGCUUGGGUGAAUUUAACUUCUUCAGCGCAUGGAUGAGCCAGCCGAAGAGUCAGCUGGACACCUUCCGUGCAUGGGCAGGCAAGGACUCGGAUAUCAGUUACUACUUGUCCUCCCACCAUAUUGAUAUCCACUGCUGGAUUAUGCAAGGAAGGGCCGUGCCUACGCGUGUUGUUGCAAGCGCCGCGACCGGAAUCGCUACCAGCGAGCCGUACAACUGCGUGCCACAGACUGAGGAUACGAUAACGCUCCUCGUCGAUUGGCAGUCGCUAUCGAGCUCCAAGCACAGGGGCACGGCAGUGUACUCAGCCUCGUGGACCGCGCCGCUGAAGUCCGGCGUGCACUCGGCCCAGCAGUGGUACUAUAUGGCCGAGAAGGGGGAGAUCAAUGUCGACCAAGCCCACCGAGGCUACGACAUCGUGCAAGAUGAAACUGGCAAGGCAUGGUACAACCCGUUUUACAUGAAGUAUUCUCCCUCCGAGAGCGGGCACUUUGAUGGCCAGCGCGGCUACGGCUACAUCUCCAUCGAGAAGUUCAUCGACGCGGCGCGCAGUGUGAACGCUGGGCACGUGCAGCCCUCUGAGUUCGACGGCCAUGGGCUGCCGACGAUCGCCAACACCGUCCUUACGACGGCCAUCUUGAACGCCGGACGAAUCAGCCUGGACGAAAAGCGGCCCGUCAACAUCAAGCACACCAACGGCGAAUGGAUUCUGGAGUAG